AUGCUGGGGAAUCGUCCACCGCGUGGGUGGGCUGCAUCACCGACCGCCAUCAUCGCUAGCAGCAGCGAUGGCGCCACGGUUAAUGUGGGCAAAGCAUACGCUCUCUCGUUACACGUGGAGAAGACCGCUGCAGGAAGCCCGUUGCCCCUGCCAGCGAUCACUUCCUUGGGCAGCGGGGCGGCAUCGAGGGGUGGUGGCAAGGACUCGGCCGUUCACGGCAGCGAUGGUGCUGUUGCCCGCGGCCCUGCUUCGCCUUUCCCCACAAGCCCAUCAGUCAGUGUUGGUCUUCGAACGGCGAAGGCCGCAGCGAGCGGAGGCGGCUUCUCAUCGUCAGCAGCCACAUCGACGCUGCCUUUGCCACGCAGCGAUGAGGAGGUGACGCAGUACGUGCUGUACGAUGGGCUGCCCCAGAUCGGUCCCGCCGCGCGCCGUGCUCAGAAGCGGCAGAGCGAGGCGUAUUAUCAGUUCCAGCACCGCAUUCACGAGCGCACCGAGUCCGCACACGCGUUGGUGCUCUCCGCGAACCCGCUGUCGCUCUCCGUGAUGGCCUCUCAGCUGCGCAUGUACCGCUGGCGCGUGACGCAGGCGCAGACGCUCACGGAGGCCACCUCCAUCUUGCAGGACUAUGUGAUCGACACGGCAAGGCACGGCUACCGCGUGCGCCGUCGUGCGCCGCCUCCAUUCGGGCAGAGCCGCUACGCGCACGGUCGCGGGCGUGCUGCGCUGAAGCGGAGGGCACAGGCGGAGCUGGAGAGGUUGUCUGGCGUCCAGCCCGCGGCAGAAAACAGCGCUGGUGUGUCCAUAGAUGGAGCGCGCGUGGGCAGGGGGAUUAGUGCGGCCCCGCGACACCCCAAGGACAGAGGUGCCUCCGACAGCCGCGCAGCAGAAGUAGCGGAGGGGGAAGAGGAGGAGGAGCUGGACGAGGCAGCCUUCGAGGAUGACGCUGAGAGUGCACUGCCGCCGCCGCCGCCCGACACGCUACCGCGUUUGGUUCUCGUCGACACCUUCACCCAUGAGGACCUUGGCGACAUUGCCCGCCACGUGCGCUUCGUUGACCAGGAGCACGGGCUGGAGAUGCUGCUCGUGCUGCUGCUUCCCGGUGAAGCCGGGACAAUGACGGCAUCGAUGCAGGGCGCCGGCUGCGUCAUAACGCCGACGCAUCAAAUGACGAUGGAGGAUGCCUACGCGGUCGGCUACGACCUUGUGCUGGCGCACAACAUGGACCAUCUGCUUGUUGACUUCUUCACGAGCGAGUUUGUGUCAUCGGUGGGACGGUGGCGCAACGACGUGCGCUCGAAGGCGGCGGUGGGCAACUACAUGAGCCUGCGAAGCGUGCUGCUCGGCGGGCUGGACACGGCCGCCCUUCAGCGCCUCAUCUGGGAUGACCGGAUCGACGACACCGGAGUGCUGGAGCUGCUAGGAGCGCAGUCGCUCUCCACGCAGGGCGGAACUCAACGGUACGGCGCGGCUACUCGGCAUCUGUUGCAGCAGCAGGGAACCGCCGCCGAGGCCGAGGCUCCGGCCAAGCGAUACGGCAGCGGAGCCAGUCGCUCCAGCCGCGGCGACUCUGGCGAGUCCGACGCCGACCUCGCGCAGAGUGUCAAUGAGUCGAUUCUGCUCACGGGCGUGCCGCGGCUGCGCAAUCGCCCAACGAGCGUGGCGCACUUCGGCGUUCGCUUGCCGGCACAGCAAUGCGCAGUGCAUGAGCCCCUUUCGAGCUUCUCCACUAAAAGAGACGUCUUUUCGAGCGUGAUGGCGCAGCCGGCGGGUGCACGGCAGUCACAGCGUCGUCGUCACGGUCAGGCCAGCGGCGCCAAGGACUUGGAGUGUGACGCAGACAACAAUGAUGACGCGUUAAAACACCAGCAGCGCCUCCUGCAAGGGGCACUAGAAACGGAACUGGGACGCUUGCUUGCCGAGAACGAAGGCAAGCAGGCCUCCAUCGACGCCAUGCAAGAGGAGGUGGAGCGGCUGCAGCGCACUGUGACCGUCCUCCGACGGCACCAGCGCGGAGCCCCUAGCGCGAGCGGCGACGGCUCCAACGCGAACCAGAUAUCAGAGCCUUCCGAAAGCGGCUCGAUGAUUCACCUUAGCAAGCAGCAGCAGAUCUUCAUCCUCAAGGAGCGGCUGGAGGCGGCGAACGACCGGAUUGCGGCCCUGCUGAGAGGUGGGCGGCUCAGCGGCGUCCCCCCGUCUCCCCGUCGGCGUGGCGGGGGCCGGGGCGGCAGCUUGAGCCGGCGCCCCCGCGGUAGCAGCGCGUCGGGGGGCCCAAGGACUCCAACUAAGACGCCGAGCCCGACUGCGUAUUCCGCGUUUCUCACGAAGGUCACUGUGCAGGAGGCGGAGCAAAUGGCGGCGCUGGACUCUGAUGCCAACGCCUCGCUCGAUCAGCUGGAGCUUCACCGUCAGGAGCUGAUCGCCGCCGCCAACAAUACCGCCGGCCAAACGGCCGCGGGCCAGAAGCAGCGCAGAGAGCGCGAGGCGGUGAACCAGGUAAUUCACUCUCUCCAACUUGAGCUUCAGCAGCUGCAGGGGCGCCUGGACGACACCCGCCCCGGUAGCAGCCGGGCGGAGGCGGAGGGCUGUGAAGGUCUGCAGGCGCGCAUGGCGAGCCGCUUGCAGUCUGCGCUGGAAGUGAUGGAGGCGCAGAAAGUGCGCAUCCGGCAUCUGGAGGAGCUGCGGCAGAUGGAUCAGCUGCUGCACACCACUUUCAGCCGAGAAGGUUCGAAGGGCCGGAAGAAGGGUGCCGGACGCAGCACCGAGUCCAUCUCGGGCGUGUCCGGCGGCUCAGACGAGGCGGACCACGAACACGGAAGCAGCAGCUUCAGCGCAGACGAGGAGGGCGACGCUUUCGCAAGCGCGCGCGGCACCGCUCGGGGUCGCAGGGUGCGGCAGGCGCGCGCCAAGGGCAAGAAGGCAGCCAAGUCUCGCUUCGGGGUAGAACUCGUGUCGGCUGGCAAGAAGGGGGCGGCUGGUGGUGGUGGUGGAGUGGCGCCGUCGAGGGGCGUCACCAAGGGAGGCCUCGAUGCGGCUGAAGACGCCGAGAGUGACAGCGCCCAGAAGAUGGACAUGGAGGAGGUCGCAGCGCGACGCACGGAGGCCGCCGUACACGACGCUGUGACCUCUCUCCAGCGCACACACCGACGGCAGCUCGCUGCUCUCGUCCAGACAUGCAAGAUGCAACUUGCCCGGGUGGCGCUGAAACUGCAGAAGCCCUCCACCAGUGCAUAUACAGCGCUGCUGCGGGAGGAGCUCUCCCGUGCCCUGUGUGAGCAGCGCGCUGCGUGGAUGCGUCUGCGAUGCACGCUGAGAGACCUGACCCCUGACCAGUACGACGCAACGCUCGCGGAGCGAGCCUCAUCCUCGGCGGCAGAGACGCCGCUUCUCAUCUCUCUGCGCGUCACGCCGACGCCAGAACCCGAGGCGACGGACAGCGGUGCGGCUCUCCGUGCUCGCGAUGAUGCGAAUAUGGUCCCGCUCGGUGCGGUGACGGACCCUCACGUGCAAUCCACGGCUGCGAACAUCGCGCGCGAGUACGCGGCGUACGGUUUACGCAUCGCGUACGUGUCCAGCGAGCUCCAACGUGUGGAACAGCACAUGAUGGACUCGUCAAGGCACCUGCCAGAGUUCGCACCCGCAGCAAUGCCUGCCGUUGCGGACACCCCACCGGAGCAGCAGCUGCUCUCCGUUUACCAGGCAGCCAAGGCUCGCGUGCAGGAAACGGUCGACACCUGCGGGCCAAUUCAAGAGUACCUCGAGGCCGUGCAGGCAGAGCUGGCCAUCGAGCAGCAGUUUCGCCCCUGGUGUGACGUGAAUAGCGAGCAGCUCUUCAGUGCAGCGAGCACGGCGCUCGUGCCGUCCACGCUGUCCAUUGGCGCAUCCAUGUCCGGCUCGGCCGCCGCUUACGACCACACCCUACAUAACACACACUCCUCAACGGUGUCCACGACCGCCGACCAGCUGGUGCUGCUGGCGGACGUGGAUGCGAGCAUGCGUGACGUCGCGGACGUGUAUGCCACGAUGCUGCGCGCACUGACGCCGAAGGGCAGCGAAGCUGCUAUGAGCAUAUCCACCACCAGCAGUGGAAGCAUCAGCCGCCACCACGCCUCACCCCCGGCCCGCGUCAGCAAGAAGCGCGACUCCAAGAAACGUAGGCAGUCUGCAGUCUCACCGACGCAGCCAAAACCGGCAGCUUUGCAGCGCCGAUUCGUGGCCAAGGCAGCCGACAAGAGGUCCAGCUUCUCCCCGGAUGAGUCGGACUCGCUUCUGCCUCUUCGCGGCCCGGCUGGGUUCACUGUUGAGGAAGCUCUGGACGCGCUGCCGAUCCAGCCAGAUGACGUGGCCUGCUAUCAGGGCCAGCUAGGGGCCAUCGACAUCUCCGAAGGAGUGCACAGUGCCGCGCAACAGCGGCUGUACAAGUUCAUCCUUCGCGCCUACCAGCAGCACUGCAUUCAUCCGGUGCACAUGGCGGCAGUGGAGUCAGCUCUGAGUUUGCCGCUGCUGGGCGACCGCGGCAGCGGAAUCUCGAAUGACGUCUCGAGAGAGUCGUCUGCCUCGGCGAGCGAGGCGCUGGUAGAUCUAAUGUCGGCUCAGGCGACUGCCGUGCACGCGCAGCAUCGCGAGAUAAUGGCGCUGCUGGAACUCAUUGCCCCUACGAUGACGCAAGCAGUACGCACGCUCACGAAGGGGCUGCAACGAGUGCAACACCUGCUGGAUCACGAGGAUGACAGUGCGGCCUUCGCUGAGGCUUUCAACGGAACCGGUCCACCGUGCACCUCGCCGGUGUUCUUAACCGCCGUGGAUGCAGCAGUUCUUGGGUGCGUCGUCGAUGAGCUGCGGUGGCGAGAGUGGCGGUACUCUCUGCUUCAAAGCAAGAAGGACGGUACGGACUCCUCUGACCCCGCGCCAUUUCCGACUGCGGGCGCAACCCCUAGCGAGCUGCUUAGGGCGCUGAUCCUGGCGCGCCGCGGCAGGAGUGGUGGUGGCCGCAGAGCUACCCCUACCGCGGACGGUGGUGCUGACCUGGAGGAUGCCCGGACCAUCGGGCACUACGCGGCCUUCUGCGCUGCGCGAGAGCGAGCCGCUUGCAACGCUUACUCAAACCAGGGCUCAUCUGUGCCCGGGCCCAGUGAGUCGCUGUCGUCUGAGGCAGAGGACCUGUUCCACUUGACGGACGCCCCGCCGAUGCUGGUGGUGCCGAGCAAAUCGCGCGGCAUCAUCAGCGCCUUGGCGGCGACUGGCGGCGACAACGCCGAUGUGGGCCUCACGGUUGCCCACGAGCUGGCGGCGCUCUUUAGCACGCGUCGUCAGCAGGAUGCCCAUGGCGACGACGACAAGGCCGCAGCCCUGCUCGAGGAGAUCUACCUCGGCGAUGGUGAAUACGGCGGAGCGGGCGUGCUUGGCGGAGACUCGAACACGGAGGCGAUGCACAGUAUCCGGCGAGAGCUGGAGUACCUGCAAGCGGCGAAGCAGCAGCGCAUGUGGGAACUCAUGAUGCGGUUCGAGUUGCAGAAGGAGCGCUGCGCCGGUAAAACGGACGGCAGCGGACGCCUGGUGUCCAAGUUUGGCACUGCCAGUGCGCGCGGUGCCGAGGACCGCGCCUCGUUGCCCUCCAUCGACCCCGACCGUCUCGACUUCGAGGUAAAGUCUGGAAGUGCUGCCUGGUACGGGAUGGAGGCUGCAAAGCGUGUGCACAACAUUCUGCGCCGCCGCGCGCGUCCUGAUCAGAUCAUCGUCGGUGGCGGCCCGCACGGCGGCAGCGUCGGCAUUGAACUCAGUCGCCGCACCGCGCAGCCGGGGUCAAGCACAGCAGGCAGCAGUAAGACGGGCAAUUUCGGCGGUGCCGGGGCUGCCCCUGGCUGUGGUGUGUUGGGCCAGGAGGACGAGGGCUACGUAGACUCGUCUGCUGACGAGGCAGCGUUGUUCACCCUCGGUCCUUAUGCGUCGCAUCAGCGGUCCGGUUGCAGCACUGGGCGGGCUACCCCGUCGACGGUGCGCCUUCCUCCCCUGCGCCAGCAUUUGCUGUCCCGUGCGCAGCAGGGUCGCGACGGUCUCGCCGGCCACGGCGGCAACACCACGCUGAUGGCAGGCGUGGGGUACUUGUCGCCACGCGAUGUCAUAAGUCUGAACGCGUACGGGAGCAUGACCCCCGGUGGCGCGUACGACUACGCAGGCGCCACCGAACCUCUCCACGCCGCCGGUAGCCUUACCGAGCAGGUGCUGGCGUACCGAGAAGCGCUGAUGCGCUCUGCCGGCCGCGUUGUGCCCAUGCCGUUCACCGCCUACGCCAACGGGGAUCCGUACUGCUUGCCACUCUCGACAUGGCCAGCGUCAUCGGGGAAGGUCGGCGCGGCUGGCAGCGGCCGCUACGACCCGCUAGACCGCCAACUGCCUUCGCCGGUGCCGCUGCCGGAUUUGACUGCGUGGGUUUACGGAGUCCCUGAGGGGUACGCCUCGUCGCUCCUGCAGCAGCAGCACACUGGCUCUCAUCAGCGGCAGAACAUGGCCCUCUUCAUGCCCCGCUACGGCUGCUCCCCGCUUGCCGAGGUUGAGGGGCGUCAGCGCGCGUGUAUGGCGUCGGCGGUGCCACCGUCACUGAGUCGCGGCCGCAGCUUUCCGGCUGGUGCCCCCACCUACUCCACGCCCGCUGCCCUUGCUGCGCAGCGACUACAGGCAAUGCUCAGCGUGUCCAUGCGUGACCCGUCUGUCGCCGCCGUUCCUGCCGCCACGGAAGCCGCCACCACCGGAAGCCGCGGGGCGCUUCCGACGACGCGAGGUCGUGCUUAUCCUGUGCACUCGCGGCGGAGCGACGGGGCCGCGACAGCACAGCCGCGUUCACCCGCGCCGCCUUUGACGAAACGGGCUCUGGCCAGCGCAAGCGCCGGCGUCGACGGCGCUGCGCCCUCUUCGGAGACCGACGGAAGAACGGCUGGGGAGGGCGAAGUCAGUGAGCCAAACUACGAGUCUUUCGUUUUUGACGAGAAAGACUUGAACCCCCUUGCAGAGACGCUGGGGCCCGCGAAGGGCAGCUCCUCCUGA